GGAGCCCAACACCGUUCCCGCGCGGCCACGAUGAUCCCUCCGAGCGGCCCCCGCGAGGACGGCGUGGACGGGCUGCCCAAGGAGGCGGCGGGCGCCGGCCAGCCGCCCUCUCCUGCAUCCACCAGCAGCCAGGAAUCCAAGCUCCAGAAACUAAAACGAUCACUUUCUUUCAAGACCAAGAGUUUACGGAGCAAAAGUGCUGACAACUUCUUCCAGAGAACCAACAGUGAAGACGCAAAGCUGCAAGCAGACAUGGUAGCUGAGAUCAGCCCCAGCUCCAGCCCACUCCCUGCUCCAGGAAGCCUGAUGUCCACUCCCGCCAGAGCUGGCCUGUACCCAGGUGGCAAGGCCCAUGCCUUUCAGGAACACAUCUUCAAGAAGCCCACUUUCUGUGAUGUCUGCAACCACAUGAUAGUGGGAACAAAUGCUAAGCAUGGACUACGCUGCAAAGCCUGUAAGAUGAGCAUCCACCACAAGUGCACAGAUGGCCUGGCACCCCAGCGGUGCAUGGGCAAGCUGCCAAAGGGAUUUCGACGAUACUACAGCUCCCCCUUGCUCAUUCAUGAACAAUUUGGAUGCAUUAAAGAAGUUAUGCCCAUUGCCUGUGGCAAUAAGGUGGACCCUGUCUACGAGACGCUCCGCUUCGGCACCUCCUUGGCCCAGAGGACAAAGAAGGGCAGCUCUGGCAGUGGCUCUGAUUCACCUCAUAGAACCUCUACUUCAGAUCUCGUGGAAGUUCCUGAGGAAGCUGAUGGGCCAGGAGGCGGGUAUGACCUAAGGAAACGCAGCAACAGUGUGUUUACGUAUCCAGAAAAUGGCACUGACGAUUUCAGAGACCAAGCAAAGAUUAUAAACCACCAGGGAUCUCUUUCCAAAGACCCAUUACAGAUGAACACCUAUGUUGCCUUGUACAAAUUUGUACCACAAGAAAAUGAAGAUUUGGAAAUGAGGCCAGGAGACAUAAUUACUCUUCUAGAGGAUUCCAAUGAAGACUGGUGGAAAGGGAAAAUUCAAGACAGAAUUGGCUACUUUCCAGCCAACUUUGUUCAGAGAGUACAACCAAAUGAGAAGAUUUUUAGAUGUGUUAGAACCUUCAUUGGAUGUAAGGAACAGGGGCAGAUAACACUGAAGGAAAAUCAGAUCUGUGUGAGUUCUGAAGAUGAACAAGAUGGUUUUAUGAGAGUCCUCAGUGGAAAGAAGAGAGGCCUCAUCCCCCUCGAUGUCCUAGAAAACAUCUGAUUAUGACCCCUCCUCCUUUUGCAGUAGGCAAGCUCUGCUGCAAUGCCGUCUGCCUCAUCUCACACUGUGUCAACCCAGAGGAGCAGCCGCACUAACCCGGCCCCUGCAGGAAACAGUGAGACAAGACUCAAGGAUCAGAGACUGUGGAGUAGCCACAAAACAGAAGGCCCGCCGCACAGCUCAUUCAGGCUGCCCAAGGUGGGGACGAGGCUGAGAGAGUCGACUGGCAGAGCCAUGCAUAGCAGCAGCAGUAGGGCUGUGAGCCACAGCUGUCCCCCAGGACUAACUCCCUCCUUGUCCAUGUGGUAUAAGUUAACCUGCUGGAGAGUGCUCCAGUUUGCGGGGUGUCCCCAAUGUGAGGUUCAGAUUCAUAUAGCCAAGAGUUAUUCUGGUCCCAGACCCCGGUCCCCAGUACCGGUCAAUCAGUACCAUCGCAUUUCAGGCCCCCAGCAUCAGGAUGCUUUGCAGAGCGUCAAGAAGGCCUACUUCCUAGCACCCGACAUUGCUUCCCAGGACCCCUUACUUUGCAAUUGUGCUGCCGAGAGUGGCUGAUUUGUUCUUUCUUUCUCUUUGGUUCUCUGAGUACGUCCUGAUGAUGUGCAUUAGAUGUGAGAGCUACAUUGACAUGGCACCAACUACAAAGACCUGAACUGUCCAAAGGUUGUUGAUAAGCUGUCCUUCUGCUUCUCAAGUUGCCAAUGGGGUUAACAGAGCAGGAUAAGAAGCAUAGAUACAGAAGGAGGGGAAAGUGGGGGCAAAGUGAGCAAAGAGCCCUUAUUUAUUGAAGAUUAUACAGCCCUUUCAGUAAAAAAACCCUUUCCUGAAGGAGAUGGAACUUAAGAAGAAAAUGUGGCUAAAAGUCUCUAUUUCACUGUAAAUCCUCUGUACUGGAGGCAACAUUUUCCCUUCAGGACUCCAUUUUGGAAGUUGAGCCUACCUUGCAGGGAACCAGGAACAUGGAGAGCAACCAACAAUAGCAUCUUAGAAGAAGUGUUGCCAAAUUGGAAUCAUUCUUCUUUAGGACAGUAUAUUAUUAAACCCUAGCUAUUGUAAAAUGGAAAAGAGUCCCAAUGCUUCAUCCCUCUGAAAGCAGAGGAACUUGAAACCUAUUUAGCAUCAUCUAGGGGAAUCCUUGUUACUCUGUACUUGUACUAAUGUUUACAAGAAUGCAAUAUACUGUGAUGCCUUCCUCCCCAAGCCUCCUCCUAGCAUUCAAACUUGCAUCCUAUUAGUCAUUAAUAUGGUUAACUUCAAUUUGCAAUGGCCUUGGAAUCAAUAUCAGUUUGAUGUAUUUUAUUACAGAGCAAUAAAAUCAUUAGGACAAUGGUUUUUAAAUGACUUCGGUGGAUGCAUCCUAUGCAUGUAAGCAUUAUUUCCCAAACCAAAGCAUCAUAAGUCUCUCUCAUUUUUUUUCCUACUGAGUGUGAAGUUGGAAACUGAGAGGCGCUGGCUGCUGGUUUCACAGAAGUUUGGAUGCCUUACUCUUAUUUUAAAGCCAACAUCCAGAAUUUCCCUCCUCUCUAAUGCCACAUGCAAAGUCAGGUGUACAAAGUCAAGAUGGAGUCUUUGAGAGCCAGGAUUCUUUGGAUCAUAUGACUGUCUUUCUGUAAAAUUAAAUGCCAAGUAAAAAAACUCUUUGCCUCUAAUUCAAUAUCCUAUUUAAUAAAGAUAACACAGUGGCUGGAAGGAGCAU